AUGACGCGAUGCCAGGUGGCAGAAGCGGAUUUGAGGAAGGCCUUUGCUGUUGCCGGCUUUCCAUGGGCCGUCAAGAUACCACAUGGGGAGGAUGGCAGGCCUCGAGGAUUCGCUUUUGUCACAUUCACUACAAAGAGCGACGCAGCAAAGGCUAUUGAGAAGGUCAGCGGCACGACCAUCAACGGCCGAGCCGUUUCGGUGGGAUGGGCGGUGGCAAAGAGGGAGCACAUGGAGAGUGUGGAGAAGGAGAAAGCCAAGGAGAACAGAGAUGGGUUGUCGAUGCUGUUCGAUGAUGAGGAUGAUGAGAUGACCGAGGGAGGGGAGGAAGAGGAAGAAGAAGAUAAGGAAGCGGAGGAAAUGGAAGAGGAAGUGGAGGAGGAGGAUGACGAGGAAGAGGAGCAGGAAAUGGAAGAAGAGGAGGAGGAUGAGGAGAGAGAAGCAAGGGUGAAGAGUCUUUUGGAUAUGGAAGCAGAGGAGGAGGAUGAGGAGGAUGAUGAUGAAGAUGAAGAGGAGGAAGAGGAGGAAGAAGGGAGUGAGGAGGAAGAGGUUGAGGAUGAGAGUGAGGAGGGAGAGGAGGAGGAGGACGAGGAGGGGGAAGAGGAAGAAGAGGACGAGGAGGAUGAAACAGAUGAUGAGGAGGAGGAGGAGGUAGAUUGGGAGAUGGAGAUGGGUGGUGGUGGCAGCAGUGGUGCCGUGCAAGGGAGUGAGAAGGAUAUGAUGCUACGGGUGCUGUCCCGAGUGGUUGAGCAGGGGAAGGGGGAGGAGGGGAUGGAGGGCGCAGGGGAGGAAGUGGGGUUGAAAGCAAAAGGUGUGGCUGUGAAAGGUGGGAAGGAAGGGGAUGCAGCGAAAAAGGGGAAGGAGGGGAAGGAGGGAAAGGCAGGGAAGGUUGGCGAGGGAAAGAAGACAGGCUCUCGUGAUGGCAAGGAAGGGACGGGUGUGGAGGAAGGGGAGGUGACGGAAGGGAAGGAUGGGAAGGGCGAGAAGGCAGAGGCGCCGCCAGCGACGGUGUUUGUGAGGAACCUGCCUGUGGAUGCCUCAGCUGACCGCAUUCGAGCAGCCUUUGAACGGUUCGGCAAGGUGGCUGACUGCAGAGUCGUGCUGCACCCCGUUACCAGGUCACCCGGUUACCAGGUCACCCGGUUACCAGGUCACCCGGUUACCAGGUCACCCGGUUACCAGGUCACCCGGUUACCAGGUGAGUUGCUGUGUUUUUCAGACAUCUCAAAGCUCACCCGGUUACCAGGUGGGUUGCUGUGA